AUGGCCCCUCUCGCUGAUCUCCUCGUGCGUACCAUCCCGCUCUCGCUGCCCCGCUAUGUGCAGAGCUACGUGCCGGGAAAGACCCUGUUGUCGACGCAGCAGGAGGUAUGGCCCACGCUCGCCGGGUACCUCGUCGUCGUCUUCAUUCUACGCACGUAUAUGAAAAACCGGCCACCACUGAAGCUCAAUGCAUUAUUCCAACUGCAUAACGUCCUCCUCAGUUCAGGUAGCGCACUCCUGCUCGCGCUCAUGGCCGAGGAGAUUGCGCCUCUGUUCUUCAAGCACGGCCUGUUCUGGUCGAUGUGUAGCGACGAUAUGUGGACGAGUCGGCUGGAGACAUACUAUAUUAUCAACUAUUACUUUAAGUACCUUGAGCUCCUUGAUACGGUCUUCUUGGCCUUGAAGAAGAAGCCGCUCGCUUUCCUGCAUGUGUAUCACCAUUCUGCCACUGCUCUGCUCUGCUACACUCAGCUUAACGGAAGGACCAGCGUGCAAUGGAUCCCCAUCACGAUCAAUUUGUCUGUCCAUGUUCUAAUGUACUACUACUACUAUGCGACUGCUGGUGGUGCCAAGAUAUGGUGGAAGAAAUACUUGACGACUAUGCAAAUUGUUCAAUUUGUCAUUGAUCUCUUCGCCGUGUACUUUGCGACGUACUCGUAUUAUGCCUCCAUGUACCGAUGGAACGUACCCAAUCUUGGAUCGUGCGCUGGGACGGAGUCUGCUGCGUUGUUUGGCUGCUUGCUCCUGUCGAGCUAUCUUGUCUUGUUCAUCCAAUUCUACAUUCAAACGUACAAGAAGCCGGGUAAGGGCAAAGGAUCGCAGGCAAACGGCAAGGCGAUCGCCAACGGCAAUGGUGUUGCGAACGGACACCAUAAGAUGGAGUAA